GCCGGUUGAGUCAGGAAGAAAAAAACAUGUAUUAAGGACAACAGUGCCUAUUUCAACGAGGUAUCAUAAUUCUCUCUCCUGUGCCUGAACAGAAUGAGCAGGUAUAACCUGUCAUCAACGUCAUUUGAUUUUAGGGCACCGUUGUGAAGGUGUUAUGUUUGGCCGACCAACACAUUUCCGUUGGAGAAGGUCUGCCCCUUUGGCAGGUUGUUGCCUUGUUCAGCCCAUCUGCCACUGGGAGAGGCUCACAGUGAAGCAGCAUGUCCAGUGGGAAUGAGUCCUGUCUGUUUGAGAACGGAUCCAUCAGCUUCCUCUCCUGCUUGCUUCAUGUGUGGGAGGAGUGGGCAGGGCUCGGGCAGCUCGAGGACUACCUCAGUUUCUUGCAGUAUCUGCUCUGGGUUUUCACACCUCUAGCCAUAGUCUUCAUUCUGCCUUUUCUCAUAGUUAUCUUCCUCUAUCUGUCCAUACUCUUUCUGCAUGUGUACAAACGUAAGAACCAGCUGAGGGAAGCUUAUUCCUAUAACCUGUGGGAUGGUGCGAGAAAAACUCUGGCAACCCUGUGGGAUGGACAUGGAGCUAUUUGGCACGGUUAUGAAAUCCAUGGUUUAGAAAAGAUUCCAGAUGAAGGACCUGCUCUCAUAGUCUACUAUCAUGGAGCUAUUCCUAUAGACUACUAUUAUUUCCUGGCAAGUGUUAUCAUUCAAAAGGGAAGAACUUGUCAUUCGGUGGCUGAUCAUUUUCUGUUCAAGGUCCCAGGGUUUAAGCUCCUCUUGGAGGUGUUUAGUGUGAUCCAUGGGCCACAGGAGGAGUGUGUGAAGGCCCUGCGCAAUGGCCACCUCCUGGGCAUCUCUCCUGGAGGAGUACGAGAGGCCCUGUUCAGCGAUGAGACGUACCCUCUGCUCUGGGGCAAACGCAAAGGAUUUGCACAAGUGGCCAUUGACUCUAAAGUGCCAGUUAUACCCAUGUUUACUCAAAACUUGAGGGAGGGAUUUCGCUCUCUUGGGACAUUAAGGUUUUAUCGCUGGGUGUACGAGAAGUUUCGCCUACCGAUAGCACCCAUUUAUGGAGGAUUUCCAGUCAAAUUUCGCACCUUCUUGGGUGACCCAAUUCCAUAUGACCCCAAACUCAAUGCAGCUGAGCUGGCUGAAAAGGUGCAACAGGCAGUUCAAGCACUUAUCGACAAACACCAGAAGAUACCUGGAAACAUCCUCCGAGCUCUUCUAGAGCGAUUCCAAAGGGAACGCAAAGAAGAUUAGCACUCUUGCCUUCUCUCAGACUGAACAAAUAAAUAUGCUUCAAGCAUAAUUUAAAGGAAUACUGGAGAUUUUAUAAUAAUGUUACAUCAUGAGAUUAGCAAUGUUGCAUAUCAAAAUAAUGGUGCGUAUCUUUUGUAACGUGUUUUUAAAUGUAGUCUUGUGCAUGUUGAAGAGUGUUUUUGUGAACUUUUAUUUUUAUUUUUAGUUUAAGUCUUCAACUUAUUUGCACACUUGGAUUUUAUUUAAAGGACCACUGCCAAAAUAGUUUCCACAGAGCCUUUGGUUAGUGUUUUUUUUUUUUUUUUUUUUAAGCAUCCUUUUAAGAAUAUAGCAUUCUGGAAAUUGAUUAUAUUUAUCUAUCUGAAGGAAAAUUGAGCAUACUGUGAUUUUUGGGAUUUUGUAAGCACACUUAAUAAUAAUAAUAAGAGAUACAUGCUUGAAUAUUUGUUGUUUGAUGUUGAAUACUUACAGUCUAACAUCUCUGUAUUAACUCUCAGAGAUAAACUGCUGUCUAUUUAAGCAUCAGUUGAUAUUGGUUUGUCCCACUCUCAGAGCUUAUUAUAACAUUCUGAUUUUAUAAGAAGUAUGCAACUGCUAAUGAUUUUAUUCAGAUGACAAAGCAUACAGGUUUUUUAUCAUUCCUGAAAUGUAUUGAUUUACAAGUUCAUUACAUCAAGGCUGUUCAAAUCUAAUAAGUAGUCAAAUUUGUUCAGUGUGAAAAUAAUGGCUGUAAAUGUGUGAUUUUCUAAAAGAUUAUAUAUAUAUA